AUGUCUCUCUUCAACCUCUGCAGCCAGACUCUCGCGCCGAGAAACCAAGCCGAGAUGGUGGUGGAUGCGAUCCUAUUCGACAUGGACGGGACCCUAGUGGACUCGAUCGCGGCGGUGGAGUCGGCGUGGGGCGCGGUGGCCGAGAGGCUGCACCGGGACCGGCAGGAGGUGAUCGCGGCGACGCACGGGCGGCGGGCGAUCGACAACCUGAAGGAGCUGCAGCCGGCGCUGCGGCGGAUGUCGAAUGCCGAGAUGGAGCCGCACGUGGAGGCCUUCGAGACCGAGAUCCUGCGCCAGGCCGACCACUUCCAGAACGAGCUGCGCUCCCGGCGCUCCAGCGUCGCCAGCAGCAAGCGGCUCAGCCGCGACACCAGCCGCAAGAACUCCAUCAACCCCGCCGACCACAGGCCGCGGCGGAAGUCCAGCCUGGCCCAGUCGCUCACCCCCGACGGCGUCUCUGCUCGGAUGGCGGCGCUGGGCUUGAAGCCCUUGACGCAGGCCCCAGCCAACGGGCAAGCCCCGCCAGAGGAGCCGAACUCGUCGAACAUCGAUGAAGAUGUGUUUGACGAGGACGAGGACGAGGACGAGGACGAGGACGAGGAGGCGAUCAAGACGGACGAGGAGGAGGUGGAUGUGUCGGAUCUGACGGACAAGUCGGUGCGGAUCCUGCCGGGGGUGCGGGCGCUGCUCGACAGCCUGCCCGAGGGCCGCUAUGCGGUGGCCACGUCGGGGGCCAAGACGUACUGCUACGGGGCGCUGACCCGGGUGGGGAUCACGCCGCCGAAGGUGACGAUCACGGCGGACGACCCGCGGCUGAAGAACGGGAAGCCCUUUCCGGACCCGUUCAUCUUGGCCGCCCAGUGCCUCGGCUAUGAGCCCGGGAACUGUCUGGUGAUCGAGGACUCGCCGUCGGGGAUCAAGGCGGGGGUGGCGAGCGGGGCGCUGACGCUGGCGGUGUGCACGUCGCAUCCGGCGGAGAAGAUUUCGGCGUGUGGCGCGCAUUGGCUGGUGCCCACCCUGGAGCUCGUCCGGGCCGAGGUGCGCCCGGCGGACGGCCGGCUGCGGGUCUUUGUGGAUGCCGACGCGCUGGCCGUGCUCGAGGCGCGCAACAGAGCCAUCGACGAACUGCUCCACACCGAAGCCAUCUACGCCGCCGACCUCAGAGUCAUCCAGGACAUCUACCUCUACCGCGCAGCAGGACCACCCCCCGCACCCCCCGCACUCACCCCAGCAGACCGCCUGGCCAUCUUCUCAAACAUCACACCCCUCACUCAGCUCGCAGCCACCCUCGAACACGCACUCGCCAAAGCCAGCAGCACAAACCAGAUCGGAAGCUGCUUCAUCCAAUUCCUGCCACGCAUAGAGACCCUGUUCACCGUCUACUGCUCCACGUAUGGCCCCGCCAACAAACGCCUCGAAGAGCUCACCAAGAAGCUCGAGCGCAAGCAGAAGAAACGCGACAACCAGACACACAAGCCCACCGAAGAGAUCCUCGGCAUCCGCUAUCUCAACGAGUGCAAGCGCCUCUGCCAGGGCCGCACCAGCGCCUGGGACCUCGCCUCCCUGCUCAUCAAGCCCGUCCAGCGCUGUCUCAAGUACUCCCUCCUGCUCGACCAGAUCAUCAAGUACACCGACCCCGACGACCCCGACCUGCCCGCCCUGGUCCAGGCGCGCGACGGGAUGACCAAGCGAAGACACGAGGUCGUCGGCGAGGUGAUCACCCGGUCGGCGGCGCCCCUCGGCACCCGGUACGCGGCGCGGCUGGGCGGCCGGCUGAGCGGCGGAGGCGGAGGCGCGGGAUGGACGAGUCCGCCGGCGCUGGCGGGGCUCAUCGGCCGGGUCAAGCGCGGCGCCCGCGCGCUCGACGCGCUGCCGGCCGACCUGGCCGGCUCCCAGCGCGCCAUCGUCAGCUGGAUCGCCGCCGCCGACAGCCUCGUGGUCGCCUUCAGGCGCGUCUUCGCCCAUCCCCACGGCAGCGCCCCGGCCGGCCUGCGCGCCGACCUCGACGCCUACCAGCACCUCGUCCUGCGCGGCGCACUCGACGGCCCGCUUAAGUUCCUCAACGAGCGGAUCAGGACGGAGAUCGGGCCGCGCAUCGAGCAGCUCAAGGCGCUGUACACGAAGCCCCUGCUGCUCAUCGAGCGGUACGAGAAGCGGAUGCAGACGACGCCGGGGGGCGCGGGCGCGGACGGACGGGCGUCGCACAGCUCGUCCGGCUCCUCGGGCUCCUCCGAGCCGGCCGACGAGCCCCACCCGCUGCGCGACAUCGAGCGCUUCCUGCUCGACCAGCUGCCCCCCUUCCUCGCCCUCGCCACCACCGCCCUCAACCGCAUCCUCCUCAACCUCUUCUACUCCCUCAAGCUCUGCCACUCCGACCUCAUCCUCCUCAUCAACAAGGCCCGCACCAUCCGAUGA